GUCUGUUAGUCGCACGUUCAAAGGUACCACUGUUAUAUGCUACUGGUAACAUGUUGCUUUGCUUUUGCGGGUGAGACGAGACACCACGAGAUGAGUGGAUCUUGAUUGGUCUGAGAAGGUUUUGACCGCUGCAGUGAUGACGAGAAGAUUUCCCUGCAACUGCAACUGUAACAUCAGCUAAUGAAUGAAUGGCAAUACCUAUUCUGCUGUUCAGUGCAUUUUUGGUCAUUCAUUCUAAUCAUUGACUCCAUUUUCAAGGACCUUGGAAGCAUGAAUGGGGUCUCAAGAGGGAUCCAUCCUCUUGAGCGAAGUGACGUCGUUGACUCGUGCAAGACGAUUAUACGACGUUUUUGAGAAAGAAAUGGAAUUAUCUACUGCGACAUCAUCUAACAAGAGCCUGGAGGAUCCCUGUAAUAUCUGGGUGAGUUAUGUACAGAGCGAAAAUAAAAUAAAGAGAAAAAAAAGGUGCCUACCCGAGGGACCGGGCCCCUUUGUCAUCGAUGACAAGUUGGGUAGCUUGGACAAGAAUGGAAGGAAGUCAUCGGGGGAUAUGAACAUGGAGAGAAGAGGCACCCAAAAGAGGCAUGCAAUGGGUACCUUAGGGGGUAGGGUACCCAAUGGAAGCAGCUAGGUAAGGAAGGGAAAGGUAGGAAUAUGCUAAACCUGGGGUUCCCUCACCUUCUGCUGCUUCUGUUGAUGUUGCUCAUGCUCAUGCUCAUGCUCAUGCUCAUGCUCAUGCUCA